CAGUCAAAGCUACCGUGUCAAUCCUGACGGCAGUCACCAGUGAGGACUGCAAGACUUUGUUUUUUCUUUAUAUUGAGGAUCACAAGAUCUUCAAUAGACUUCAAUGCUGUACUUUGGGCGAGAGUACAGCAAUGUUGUCUACUCCUGAAAAGGAUCCGCUGGAGGAAGAUUGCCGCUCCCAUGAGGGACAGGUUCAGAGGACAUGAAGAGACAAGUCAUCAUUCGUGAAAUAUGCUUGCAAUGCUUUAAAGUGUAUUUCUUGUUUGUUUAACAUAUACAGUUGCGUUACUUUAAAACAUAUAUACAGUGAUUAUUGUGCACAUCUUCCACCUGUGCCCUUGAUAUGGAAUACAACAAGACUCAUGGUGCAGUUACUGAUAUUUCAGUUCCAAAUGUAGCGCAACUUAAUCACCUAUCCCAACAAGAAAAUACAGCUGAAGGUGUUGAUCAAGAUAUUCCACCAAGUCCAGAGCUUUUCAGUGAUUCAGAAAAUUCCACUAAUAAGGAUGACUGCAGCACAGUGGAAAGUGAUGACUCUGGGUCCUUAUUCCAAACUGAGGUGACAUGCAUGCCUACUCGAAGAGGGGGAAAGAAACCAGCACCAAGAUUAUCUUACAUAUCUUCUGAUGACUCAUCAGACUAUGUUCCACCAACAAAGAAGCUUACUCUCCAUGAGAUUUUUCAAAAACAUUUUGGAAAGAGAAAAAGAAAGAUCGGCAAAGCAGGAAAGUAUCGUCCACAACCAAGAAAAACACCCAAGAAUAAGAAAGCGUAUAGAAAACGGAUGCUACACAAAGGAAUUAAGUUUCCUUUUAAACAUAGAAAACACUUGUCCUUCAGGAUGUCUUUUGCAUAUGAGCAAUUUGUUCUAGGUGGAUUUCUUCAUCACGUAGAGAAACUCAAGUCUGAGCGUUCUUUGCACAAUUCACUAAAGAGCAUGAAUGUCACAGAAGAUUUGGAUGAUGAUAGUUUUGCAUUCAGAAAAUACAAAUAUCUAGAUGAUGAAGGACCCAUUUCCCCCAUCUCUGAGCCUGAUGAAAAUGCUAACUGUGAUCAAGAAGAACCAGAAGAAGAUGAUGCCAGAAUUGUGGACAACAACUGUUUCAUUUUGAGCUGUACAGGAACAUGGACGAGUACAAUCGAUCUAGAUGAUGUUUGUUUUUGAUAUGAAGGAUUGCUUGACACCUCCUCCUCUCCAUCAUCAUCAUCUGUUGGUUAAUGCGUUAAUCAUUCAGUUCACUCAAACACUCCAAAUCGAUUUUGGAAUCCUAAUUCUACCACCUUUAAAGAAAAAAAAGAAAGUCUUUAUUAAAAAAAAAAUACUACCUUGAAGUCUUGGGAGCCCGCUGUAGUGUGGAUUAACAUUUCAUGGCGUGACAACAUUCUCAAUUGGUUAAAUGUGACAAAUUUAAAUGUAUGAAAAUAAACUUUAGGGAACUAUUUUGGAGGACAUGCUGCAGUGAAUAAAAUAUAAAAGACAAACCAGGAAUGCUAAAUACCCUUUUAAAUAAUAGGAACGUUUAAAACCUUUUGAGAUAUACGUAAGUUGUUUUAUAACAUAAUCCCCAUAAGCUCAAAAGCUGUAAGAAUACUUAAAAAUGACCAAAUACAGCAGUAUUUGUAAAUAAAUGAGAGGUAGUAAAUAAC